AUGACGAGAACAUUCCCUAUAUUCCAAACAUUAUGUCGGUUUAGCGCUGGGCAGCGAACCGCAUUGGGACUAACGAGAAAUUUGGACGAUGGAAGUGCUAAUGUCAUUUCCAUGAAUGUUGGAACGGACUCAAAAAGUAUUGUGCAGCUGAAGGAUAUUGGUGCAAAAAAGGUACGAUGGAAGUAUAACGGAGUUUUACCGCAAAAAGCGAUUGUUGGCCUAUGGAAUGCACUCACAUCAUGCUCUAAAAAUCCGAAAAUUCUGCAGUCUGAGGCUGACCAACUGAAAGUAAAGCUGAGUCAACGCCAGUUUCCAGCAUCACCAGAAGAAGUGCAGGAAGUACGUCGUGAAAUUAAGAAAAUGUUAGAAGCCGAAGGCGGAUUUCCGGAUCGUAAUUCUGUCAGCCAGAAAAUUCUGGAAGCGUUCGAUUUUGAAGUAAAAAAGAAAGUGGGUAAAUUGCUGCGUUAUACGAGGUACAAUUGGAAGCCGCUGGACUUUAAAACGCGUGAACAUGCUGCAGCUUAUACAUUAGCCAGAUUUGCACCUAAUUAUGCGGAAGUUCAUUUUGUAUUGCAAGAAUUCAAGAAUAACGGAUUCAUCCCAGAAACAGUCUUAGACUACGGAAGUGGUUCUGGCGCUGCAUUUUGGGCCGCAUUCGAACAUUGGGGAGAACGAGUCAAAAGUUAUCAACUAAUCGAUUCAAAUGAAGAAAUAAGUCAGUUUUGCAUGGAUAUUUUAAGGGGCAGUGGUGAGAACAAUGGACAUCCAUUUGUACAUCCAAAUGUUAGUUUCCGGAAAUUUCUGGCGCCAUCAUCAAAUAACAUUUUUGAUGUGAUAAUCGUUCAUCGUUUUCUUGCUGAAUUGGCUUCCGAAGAAUCACGUACUGAGUUGCUAACAGAUUUAUGGAGGCGAACGAACAAGUAUUUGGUACUGAUCGAUGGAAGCUGUAAAGGUGGUUAUAAUGCUUUGAUGGAAGCCAGAGAUUACAUCCUUAUGGGUGGAUGUGAAUUGCAUCGAGAACAAACUCGACAAAUCCUGAUGGAAGCAAAAAUAUUGAAUGAAGAAGCAGAAUGUAUCUUGACUGAUCAGCAAUUAUCGAACUAUAUGCGUUACAAUCUUAUUAAAAAUAUGCUUCCACCAAACACAGUUUUACCAACCAGAUUAGAGCCUGGAUAUGUACUUGCUCCAUGUCCACAUGACCAAGGAUGCCCGAAAAAUGUGCACAAAGCAAAAGACGUGUGCAGUUUCUCAACUCGAUGGAAUGUAUUACGAGCUGAUGGACGAAAGCAAAUUUUUAAUACUGAGACAGGGUCAUUUACUUAUGUUAUUAUGGCCAAAGGAACAAGGCCUCAUCAGAUGCCUGAAAGUAGACUUCUGAUGUUAAAACAUGGCGGAAGACAUGUGAAUUGCACGGUUUGCACACCAUUUUGUGGAAUACAGCGUUUCACAGUAUCCAGAAGCAUGGGCAAAGUUUACAAACUGAUCAAAAAUGUUGAGACGGGUCGAGUACUGCCAGUUGAGGUGAGAACUGUAGGAUCUGAUUCGGAGUUCGAUGUGUAUGAAGAAGCAGUGGAGGAAUUUAUGGAGGAAAAGUGCGUUAAAAACAUAAUGGAGAAAAAGCCCUCCUACAGCUAA